AAGAAUACAUUGCUUUUUUUGGUUUAUUAAGUUUGUUGCAAACAAAUAAGAAAUUUUUUGUUUGUUUUAGGCGUGUUGCGAUAGAGAUUUUGUUUGAUCUGUGUGGAAAAGAAUUUAUUGUAUAAUUUCAGCCGUUACGCGUUAUUGUAAUCUUGCACAAUAGCGUUUCGUUUGAAGUAUUUAGAUUGAUUUCAGCUCUUUUUUUUUGAAAAGAUAAGAUUAAAAUCAACUAAAACUUGACAAAAAAAAUAAAACAAAAAACGUUAAGUGGUUUAUCUAAAAAAAAAUCUUGUAAUCGUUUGUUUUAAGCCUUUUCUAAAGUCAAAAAACGUUAAAAAAAGGCAGCAACAACGGCACAGCGCGAAUAAAUGCACCACACGCGCACGUAAAGCACUAGCUCACUAAACACCAUCAACUCUUUUCAAAUUUUUUCAUUAGUCCACUGCAUAACACUUUGUAAACAGCACUGCAUUAAAGUGGUAGAAUGACUCUAGACAGAAGUAUGGAUAAUAAUUCUGUAUCAAGUGAUUCAACACAAGGCGACGACUCUCAGCAAGAGGUUCGCACUUUAUUUGUAAGUGGUUUGCCUAUGGAUACAAAACCUAGAGAAAUUUAUCUAAUGUUCCGAAGUUAUUCAGGCUACCAAGGUUCUUUGUUAAAACUAACAGGAAAAGAAGGGAAAAAGGCCACUCCUGUUGCAUUUGUCACAUUUGAAAACAGAGAACAGGCAGAAGUUUGCAAGGCUGAACUUCAGGGAAUUCGUUUUGACCCAGAACUGCCUACUUCUAUACGAAUAGAGUUUGCUAAAGCUAAUACAAAAGUUACAAAACCAGUGUUAAUUCGUCCACCUUCUAUCUCAGGAACAACUAUUAUCCCUGGGCCAGGAUUUCCAGGAUUUGAAUUGACACCUGGCAUUUUUACUCCAGAUAUGCAAUGGCCGCAAAACACAAACUUUGUUGAUAUUAAUGGUAACCACACUGCACUUCAACAUCUUCACCCUGGCAUAACCACUUUACCUUUGGUUCAUUCCCCGCUACUAGCCUAUAUCUCACCACUGGACCGGUUUCAUGCUUUAUCUCUGAAUUUAUCCCCUAAUCUCUCGUCAACCGUUAAUAUGCCAAGUCAUUCGCCAUUAAUAGGGAAUCCUAUGUUAGGUUUAGACCAUCACGUUUGUACAACUUUAUUUGUUGCUAAUUUGGGAUAUAAUACAACGGAAGAUGAGCUCAAAAACAUGUUUGGCAGGAUUCCGAGUUUUCGUCGUCUCAAAAUGCUUCGCAAUAAAGGCACUACACCAGUCAGCUUUGUUGAAUACAGUGAUGUCAUUGGAGCACUUCACGCUAAGAAUAUUUUUCAUGGUGCUGUUUUGUUGACAUCUGAAAAUGGUGGUAUUCGCAUUGAAUUUGCACGGAACAAAAUGGGCGAAUCUGGUAAAAAGAAUGACUUAUCUUAUGACAUCCAAGUUCAAGGUUGAGAAGAUUUGUUGGAAUAAAAAUACAACGAAGUAUUUUUUUAUACUUUUUAUUUUUCCCGCUGGGAGUGUAAUUUAUACUUAUAAAAUUUUCAAUUGAUCAAACAAAUUAUUAUUAUAAUUUUUUUCUAAGCUGUUUAAUACAUUAUUUGCUACGUUUCUUUAUAUUUUGAAAAAAAGUUUUAAAAUCAGUUUUUCAAUGUAAUAAAACGAUUUUUUUAAAAACAUUCAAUGUCGUGAGUGAAGACUCCAAAGUUUAAAAUUCUAACCUUUUUUAUGUUUUGUUUUUAAAAUUAUUUUAUUCUAGGCUGCCUGAAAUUCAGGCUUUUUUGGUAGAUUAUUUAAAGGUUAUUUAUUGUUUUCUAUAUAAAUUUAGGUAGUAUUACGCUGCGCCCCUUAUUUCUUAAAAAUCCCUCCCCUUUUCUUCUUGCCCCGUCUAUUUUUUUCUUUUCUUUUUCUCGUCCCCUCCCCCUAGAUUCUCCAAAUUUUUUAUUCCUUUGUAAUUAAAAUUUCUCUUACGUUUAUUUAACCUAUGAAGGUUAAUUGAAACUUUUAUUCAUAUUUUUAUAUAAAAUAUUGCUAGAUUUGUGGAUUAGAUUAAAAUAUUUAAACGAAAACGAUUUAAAUAUAGUUUUAUUUUCUAGUAUCUUGUUCAUAUUGUUUAUAUGUUAUUUUGUGAUAUACGAAUUGACGUUGUUAUAUACGGUAUGUUGUUAUAAACUUAAGUUGUAGAUAUUUAUGAUAACUGUAUGAUGAAUUACAUAAAUACAAUUGGUUAAUAA